CACAAGCACGUGCAGAACACGCAAACACACAGAAACAUGUACAUACACAGAAAUACACACACACAGACACAUGUACAUACAUACACAGACACAUGUACAUACAUACACACAUGUACAUACACACACAGACACAUGUGCACACACACAUACAUGUACAUACAUGCAGACACAUGUACAGAUAUACACAUGUACAUACACACAGACACAUGUACAAUUGUACAUGCAUACACAGACACACACACACACACACCCCUACCCCUAUAAAAUGUUGCAGUAUUUCGUUGUUCACUCACAGAGCCGGGUACUGCACUCUAGGGGGAGGCAGAGAGCACAGCACACACUCCUUCCUUUGCUUUCACUGCGCUCAGCUAUUGAGCAGUCUGAUGGCUCUCAGUGCCAAUGACAGAUCCGGCCUGAGCUCCGAGCCUGCUCAGCAAGACGGCUCUGGGGGAAACAUUCGCCCCCACCAUAAUUUCCACUUGCCAUUGGCGAACAGGCGAGUGGAA